GGACAACACAACCCUAGGCCACGAUUACACCUCCUCUGUCACUACUCACUACACUUGACAACCUAAUUUCUGAUGUUUUCUGUGGUGACUUGCAGGACACCAUAUUGUAUGUUUCUCGAGACUUGGAUUCACACUCUUUGUUUAUGGAGCUUACUCGUCUCUUUAGUGGUGGGAACCCUGAUCUCCAGUUUUCUCCAUAUGCUCACGACCAUGGCGGAAUCAGGCUCAACUGAAGAUCAAACUGAAUUCUUCAUCAUAAACAGCCAGAAAAUACCAAAACUCCCAGAAGGAGAACAUGUUUGGUCCCUUUCAGAGAGUGCAUUUUCAAUGGGAAAUGCAUUGAUCACCAACUUUGAAUCGGGAACCACUGAGGAGCCAAAUCCAGUCAAGUUCAAAAGGAGACCGGGAAUAAGUUCUAAUUGGCCACUGGAAAACUGCACCUGGUUUUCCUACUACUGGUGCACCUAAAUAUAAACCACUCAAGGACAUCAGUGGUUUGCACACGCUUAAGGAGGAUGAGGUGGCAGAAGUCAUGAGGCAUCUCGAAAAGCACCCGCCUGAUCCAGUAGAUAUCAACUUUGAGGGAGUUAUUCAACACCAAGUGCACCUGGGGUGGUGGGUGUACAAGAUUCUGAAAUCCGGAUUUGUGAAAUGGGUUAAUGAAACAAUGGAGUCCGGAUUGCCUUAUGAUCUUGUAGUGGGAGAUAAAGAAUACAUAGAAGUGAAGUCAACCAAAUAUGUGAGAAAGGAUUGGUUCAACAUAUCCAUUAGGGAGUGGCAAUUUGCAGUUGAAAAGGGUGAACUAUACAGCAUUGCACAUGUUGUGUUAGCACCUGAUAAUAGUGCAAUUCAACAGUCACUAUAUAUACAAAAACCUUGCCAGACUCAUCCAGCUUGGUAAGCUGCAAUUGGCCCUUACAAUCCAUUAAUCUCUUUUUCUUGGAUUUUCUUCCGAUUGCCUGAGUUGUUUGGAUCCUCAAGUGGUUCUCAUCCAAAAAUACCAUCACUAAAGCAUAUGUUACAAAGGCGAAAGGGAUAUACGUACAUCUAUGAUAGAUUUUUUUAUACAAAACACUGAAAAGUUCAUCUGGACGUGCCUCAUCGUAUCAAGUUCAGGAACUGAGUGUAUAAUUUAUUUCAUAGUGACACUGAUAGUUUUUUUUUUUUCAUUUUCUUCAUAGAAGGUUCUGUUCAUUGGUAUAAUGUAAUAAAUAGAACAUACCCCGUAGUAUAUUUUUAAACUUGUUUUUCUUAUUUGUUACUCCGUCAAAGGCAGUUUUGUAGCACUGUGUAGUAUGUAUCAGUAUUAUGUCCAGAUACUACGUAUAUCAUAAUUUUUAUGUCCAUUAUCU